GCAUCACGCUCCAUGUUUCCCCAAAGAACAUAAUUAAAGCAGGCAGCAGUAGAGUGGGAAAACACGAUGUGGGUCAUGCAAUAUUUCCAUUCCAUUAUUAUAUAUAUACACAUACAAGUGCUGUUCGUUUCAGUCGUAGCAGCACCUUAGUACCUUGAAUCAUUAUCAUUCGGGUAAUGGACACAUCACUAGUGUUUACUGUGAGGAGGAGUGAGGCAGAGCUGAUAGCUCCGGCGAAGCCCACCCCUCGUGAAGUGAAGCUACUCUCAGACAUAGAUGACCAAGAUGGGUUACGUUUCCAAAUUCCGGUGAUACAGUUCUAUCGCCACGACCCAUCAAUGGCAGGGAAAGACCCUGUCGAUGUGAUAAGAAAGGCUGUGGCCAAAACGCUUGUGUUUUACUAUCCUUUUGCAGGUAGGCUUAGGGAAGGACUUGGUCGGAAACUGAUGGUGGAUUGUACUGGGGAAGGUGUUUUGUUCAUUGAGGCUGAUGCAGAUGUCACUCUUAAGCAAUUUGGUGAUGCUCUUCAACCUCCUUUCCCGUGCUGGGAGGAACUCCUUUAUGAUGUACCUGGUUCUCAAGGAGUGCUUAACACUCCCCUUCUGCUUAUUCAGGUAACGCGGCUCAAGUGCGGGGGUUUCAUAUUAGCUGUCCGGCUGAACCACACGAUGAGCGACGCAGCCGGUCUGGUUCAGUUCAUGAGCGCGCUGGGAGAAAUAGCUCGUGGGAGGCAGGAGCCGUCGAUCCCACCGGUGUGGCGCAGAGAGCUCCUGAACGCGCGGGACCCACCUCGAGUCACAUGCACCCACCGCGAAUACGAACAUGUCCCUGACACCAAAGGCACCAUCAUCCCCUUAGACCACAUGGCCCAUCGCUCUUUCUUCUUCGGCCCCAGUGAAGUCGCCGCCAUCCGCUCCCUCAUCCCCCAAACUGAUCAACGCUGCUCCAACUUCGAGGUCCUCACCGCAUGCCUCUGGCGCUGCCGCACCAUUGCGCUGCAGCCCGACAAAGACGAGGAGGUUCGCAUCCUCUGCAUAGUCAACGCUCGCUCCAAGUUUGACCCUCCUCUGCCUAGCGGUUACUACGGCAACGCUUUUGCCUUCCCCGUUGCUGUCACCACUGCGGGGAAGCUGUGCGAUAACCCUUUGGGAUACGCUCUCGAGUUGGUGAGGAAAGCCAAAGCGGAUGUGACUGAGGAAUACAUGCACUCGGUGGCUGAUUUAAUGGUCACCAAGGGCCGGCCUCACUUCACUGUUGUGAGAUCGUAUCUCGUGUCGGAUGUGACUCGUGCUGGGUUUGGAAACAUUGAGUUUGGGUGGGGGAAGGCUGUUUAUGGAGGACCCGCCAAGGGAGGGGUUGGAGCCAUACCUGGUGUUGCUAGCUUUUACAUACCCUUUAAGAAUGCUAAAGGAGAGGAAGGGUUGGUUAUACCGGUUUGUUUGCCUUCUGAAGCCAUGGAGAGGUUUCAGAAGGAGUUGGACUGUGUGCUUAACCACCACAUCGUCCAACCUAGUGCCAUUGCUCCAAACUCUAGGUUCAUUGUUUCUUCCUUGUAGAUCCAGUACUUUUCGACUUUACUUCGUGCCAAUUAAGGAAUCAAUAAUUGAGCAUUUGAUGUCAUCGAGUACGUAUGUAUAAUCAACAAGCCAGUGGCAGCAAGAGAAGAAUCACAAUUACUAUUACCUACUCCUCCUUGAUCAGUCUAUAAAUGUCGUGAAUUGUGAAAAUUUUAUUGGCUUUAAAAGCUAUGUAUUCACAUUUGACAGCGUUUUGUCAAGAUAAUAAUUAUCCAACUAGUAUUAUUAAUUA